CAAAAUACGGUUGUGUGCGUUGUUGAGUAUGGUAUCCGCCGGCUGUCGUUGAUCAUUGAUUACGAAUAUUCGGUCGGUACAAUUCGGUCGUCGCAAUUAUCGAGUCUUGAAUUGCGCGGUGCAGUGGCAGUUUUUCGUGUAUCGCGCGUUCGAUUUUUUUCUUGUUUUGUCGUGCACGACAUAUUACCGAUCGGGCUUCAACAAUGGCCUUACGCACGUACGGCGACAAACCGAUCAGUUUCCAAGUAGAAGAGAAUGGCGAGUACUACUGUAUCGGAUCCGAGGUUGGCAACUACUUGCGACUGUUUCGCGGGUCCUUGUACAAACGGUAUCCGGGUAUGUUUCGGAGGACCAUCACGAAUGACGAGAGGAAACGUUUAAUCGAUUUAGGUUUAAGUGCGCAUUGUCUAGCGUCAAGUGUGUCACUGUUAAGAGCAUCUGAAGUUGAAGAUAUUAUUGAUGGUAAUGAUGAACGCUACAAAGCUGUAUCUGUAACUUCUACCGAACCGUUAAUUACCAGAGAAUCUAAAGGAAAAAAGUCAGUACCAUGGGUUCCAUCAUUACCAAACAGUUCUCAUUUAGAUGCUGUUCCUCAGGCUACACCUAUUAACCGCAAUAGGAUUAUACAAAAAAAAGUCAGAACAUUUCCACUAUGCUAUGAUGAUACAGAACCGGCAAACAUUCACGAGAAUGCCAAUUUUUCAGAGCUGUUAGUUCCUAUCAGACUUGAUAUGGAAAUUGAAGGACAAAAAUUGAGAGAUACGUUUACUUGGAAUAAGAACGAAAGUUUAAUAACUCCAGAACAGUUUGCUGAAGUGCUCUGUGAUGAUUUAGAUUUAAACCCAUUACCUUUUGUACCAGCCAUUGCACAAUCUAUACGCCAGCAAAUUGAAGCAUUUCAUAAUGAUAAUAUAUUAGAUGAACAACAUGAUCAAAGAGUAAUAAUAAAAUUAAAUAUUCAUGUAGGUAAUACAUCAUUAGUGGACCAAGUGGAAUGGGAUAUGGGAGAAAAAGACAAUUCACCUGAACAAUUUGCCAUGAAAUUAUGUGCCGAACUUGGUCUUGGUGGUGAAUUUGUAACAGCAAUAGCAUACUCUAUCAGAGGACAGUUAAGCUGGCAUCAGCGUACCUAUGCUUUUAGUGAGGCACCAUUGUCAGUGGUUGAAACUCCAUUUCGACCUCCAUCUGAUGCUGAUCAAUGGAGUCCAUUUUUAGAGACUUUAACUGAUGCAGAGAUGGAGAAGAAGAUCAGAGAUCAGGACAGGAAUACUAGGCGUAUGCGGCGAUUAGCCAACACCACACCAGGAUGGUAAUAAGAAUCAUUAUUAAGUAUUUUAAAUAUAAAUUAACUCGUCUCCCGUGAGUCCAAAAAUUUAAGGAUUGUUUGUGAUAUGUCCAAGUUCCAUCAUAAUUCCAUUUCAUCAUCAUCGAUGGGGAUAGUGCUGAAAAUGUUGUAUUGAAUAUUAUUAAACACUUAUUUUACAUUAUAUAAAAAAGUUUUUUAGGAUAACUAAUGAUUGUGUAGGUAAUAAGAAAAUUUGCUUGUAUGAUGUUCCAGAACUUUCUUCGGAUCUUAUAACUCAAUAUUGUCCACUUAAAAACUUGUAUAAUACAUUUGACAAUAAAUAAAAAUAAUUAUUUAUA